AUGAGUACUUCUAAAAUAUCAAAAGUUUCUUGGCCCGUUCAAGUGAAUGGAUAUUUCGUCCAAGCAUGCUUGGUUCAAGUUGCUAAUGGAGAACGCCAAGUAUGGGGCAAAGAAACGGGCGUAGGAUGGGAUCAUGUGCAACGCAACUUUGAUGCACCAGAUGAGUGGUGGGAGAAGAAGAUCAUGGAAAACCCCAAUUAUGAAAAACUUAGGGAGAAGGGACUUCCAUUUGCUCAUGACUUGACUAUGCUUUACAAAGAUGUUGUGGCAACUGGCGAGCAUGCAUGA